AUGGAGAGGACAUCAAGAUUGUUACAAAAACUGCGAUCCAGACGAUCUGUAUUUCGUUCACAAAUGCAAAGGCUGAAGACUACAACGAUUGUUCUAAAUAUAACUUUAAUAUUCUUUAGUCUAUCAAUCUUAGUGGUUGUUUUAUCUGCUAUCACCUAUCCACUUUGGUUGAAAAUGUUCAUUGCAUUACAAAAGAUUACAAUAAGCUAUGCAAUAAUAAUCUGGAAUGUACUGUUCUGUAUUGCAUCGAUCUCCCUAGGAGUAAUUGGAAUAUUUGCUAUUCAUCGUAAAGCAACAUUGAUUUUAGGCCUACAGAUAUUCGCCCUAGUAUUCUUAGCAGUAUUGGAAAGCGGUAUUCUAUACACUAUACUAGCUCAGUGGUUGAGGCAUUUGGAGGUUGGUAUAACAUUUGCAGUGCAAAUGUUUCAACCCGGAUCGGAAACUGAAACAGUCAUGGCUAACAUACAAGAAGCUCUUCAUUGCUGUGGCAGAGGAUCUUACGGCGAUUAUGGAGUUGCUAAUGAAGCUAUACCUAAACACUAUGUCCCAUAUUCCUGUUGUGAUUUACAAACCUAUACAAGUGAACAUUGUAAUAAUGCGUCAAAGCUACCAAAAAGUAAAGUUGCUUCUAGCCAAUCACUUGAAACGAAUAAACUUAUUUAUGUUAUUCCAAAUGAAUUGGCCUAUAAAGAAGGCUGUGUAAAUCGUUUACAGAAUGUGUUCUUACCAAUAGUGAUUGGUUGUUUCUGUCUUCUAAUAUUUAUUAAUAUUUUGGUAACAUUGAUCAGUUGUUUUUAUGUACAAAAAGCUGCAGACGAAGAGGAAAUAGAACACAAUUGGCUUGAUUCAAAUGAUUUUAUUAAGGAAACAACAGAAGCCUUCUGUCUUCGACAACGGAAACCGACAGAAAUACCACAUCACGUUACAGACUCAAAUUUUUCGGAUUUAUGCGUUUUUCAAAGACAACUGUCACGCAGACGAACUAGUUCCUUACAGUCAAAUGAAUAA